UUUUAUUUCCAGGGAUAUACUCGUCGGCUCAGAGUAGCUAGCAAGGCAAUUGACAAAAUCUUGGAAACUAUCAUUCAUGAUCACGAACAGUAUGCUAAAAAUGACUCUACAAAGCUUUCUAGGGACUUCGUGGAUAUCAUUUUAGCAUUAAAAAAUAAUCCCACAAGUGUUCAUGGGCAAUUAGCGAACACCAUUGAUAAAUCAAACAUCAAAGCAAUUCUUUUAGACAUGAUAUUUGGAUCCAUUGAUACCUCCCAGACCGCAAUCCAGUGGAUCAUGUCAGAACUGUUACGACAUCAAAGAGUAAUGAAACUACUGCAACAAGAAAUCAGAAAUGUCGUAUUAGAUUGUGAACUUGUGGAAGAAUCACAGCUUUCAAAACUACCCUAUCUAGACCUGGUUGUCAAGGAAAGCAUGAGACUACAUCCAGUGGCACCGCUGUUAGUUCCUCGCCAGUCAAUGGAGGACAUCGUGAUUGAUGGAUAUGACAUUAAGAAGAACUCGCGAAUAAUCAUUAAUAAUUGGAGCAUCGGAAAAGAUCCUAAAAUUUGGUCAGAAAAUGUGGAAGAAUUCAUUCCCGAAAGAUUUUUGGGUAGCAACAUAGAUUUCCAGGGAAAUAGUUUCAAACUAAUAUCGUUUGGUUCUGGCCGAAGAGGUUGUCCGGGCAUGCACCUUGGUCUGCUAAACAUUAAAUUGGUGGUAGCUCAGUUGGUACACAGUUUCGACUGGGAGCUACCUCUUGGCGCAUCAUCUGAUGAGUUAGAUAUGGAUGAAACUUUCGGUCUGUCCUUGUCAAGAGCAAAUCAUAUUCUGGCAAUACCUAAAUUUAGGAAGAAUUAAAUUCUACAUUGAUGGAAUUAUGUGGUUGUUGGGUUGAAUUAUUUGAUGAAUCAUUCGUCACCCUUUUGCUAAUAAGGUGGCUUUGUAGAAUGUUGUGUGGGCGUUCGGAGUUAUUGCAAUUCCUGGACUUAAAAUUAGGA